AUGAUAAAAAAUAAUAAUAAAAAAAAAAAGGAUAAUAAAAAAUUAAAAAAAAAAUCUAAUGCACCUAAGAUAGAUACAUCAGCACAAAAAUUAUUAAAUAAAAAAAAAAUCGAUCAACCACCUACUAUUUUAAGAUGGAUACAGUUGUUAAGAAAUUUAAAAUUAAAACAACUUAAAAAAAAUAUAGAUGAAGAAAUUAGCAAUUAUGAAAUAAAUAAAAAUAUUAAUGAUAAAUUAUUAUUGUUUUUAAAUGAUGAUUUGGAAGAAAAUAAAAUUUUAGAAAAAAUAGAUGAGUUAAAAAAUAGUAAAUUAAGUUUAUUAGUGGAAAUGCAUGAAAAAAACAUGAAUAAUUUACAAAAAAAAUAUGAAGAAGAAAUAUAUAAAAUGUUUAAUGAUUUUGAACAAGAUCAAACAAUUUUAUUAAAAAAUAGAAAUAGUAUAAUUCAUAAUAUAAAUUUAUUUUAUCAUCAACUUGAAGAAGAGCAAAAACUAAGACAAAAUAAUUUAAAAAAAGAAGAACUUGAUAUAAUGGAUCAGAUUUAUAAAAACUACAUAGCUGAGAGAUAUAUAUCAAAUUAUAAAUUUGAUAAAUUUAAAGAAGAAGAUAAAAUUAAUUUUAAUGAUACAUUAAUAGAAAAUAAAAAAAAUUUAAAUGAAGAAAAUGAAAAUUGUAAAGAAGUAAAAAUGAAAUAUGAGAAAAAUAAAAAAUGUUUAUUAUCUAAAGAAAAAGAAGUUCAUGAUCUAGAAUCAAAAAUUGACAAUUGGAAAAUAAAACUUGAGAAUGAAAUCAAAAUAUAUGAAAUGCAAAUAGAAAGAUUAAAAAAUGAAAAAACUCAACUUUUAAAUCAUAUAAGGGCAAUAAAAUUGAUACUUCAAAAAUUAGAACAUAAUGAUAAGCAAAGAUUAAUUGAUAUUACUGUAAAUUCAAGUAACUGUAUAAAUAAAUUAGAAGAAAAUAUUUCUCUUGCAAAUAAAUUAAUAAAUUUUAAUAACUUGUGUAGGAAGUACGAAACUGAAAGACAAAAAGUUUUUUCAAGUUUAGAUUCUUCUCAUGAAAAGAAAGAAGAUAUUAUUAGUGAAAAUGAAAAGGAAGAAUAUUUUAAAAAUAUAAAAAACAAAAAUGAAGAUGAUGCUUAUCUGCUGGAAAACUUUUUUAAAAGGCAGAACAAAACAAUUUUAGAUGUAUUUAUUUUAAAGAAAGAAUUAAAAACAUUAAAAAAGAAAAAUAAAGAGUACAAUAAAAUUUUAGAUGAAUUAGAAAAUAAAGUUAAUUUAAAUAAGAAAGUCAAAAUUAAAAAGAAUGAAUUUGUUAUUAAGGCCUUAGAGAAAUAG